AUGAAUUGUUAAAUCCACCCCUUUAAGCAAUGUUCAUUCUAUAGUAAAAAAAUAGAUAGACUUUAAUGUCCACUUUGUCUUUUACCAUCAGAUUUAUAAUAAUAGGUUAUUGAUAAUACUACUAAACCUUUAUAAAACAACAGCAUUAUUGAUAUUGAUUUGAUUGAAUCUCUAGCAUAAAGUCUUAUUUAAGAAGAAGAUAUACAUUAAGAUUUAAAUCUAUUAGAAUAAAAAUAUCUAGAUAUUAUUUCAGAAUUCCAAAAAAAUACAACUAAUUUCUUAGAACAAUUUUGUUAGAAUAUCUAAUCAAUUUUAUUAUCUAAUCUUUAUAAAUUAAGAAUGAAAGCUGAGCAACAUUAAACUGAUAUGGAGGAAAACCAAAAAUUAUUAAAAAAAAUAUAAGAAAUGAGGAAAAAGGAUGAUCAUGAAUGUAUUGAAUCAAUAACAUCUCUUCAAAGUGCUAUUGUUAAAUAAGAUAAAAUUACUCACUAGAAAAUACUCUCAUUAUAAACUAAUACAGUUUAAACACUAGAAGAUUUUGUUAAACAAUUUAUGAAAACACUGGUUUCUUUUGAUAUUCAUUAAUUUGAAAAUGAUAUUUAAUUGAUUUUCGAUCCUAAAGCAAAACCUUUAAAUAAAUAAAAUGAACCAAAAUCAAUAAAUUAAUCUAUGUCAUCUUAAUCAGGAAAUAUAUCAGUUGAAUAAAUUAAAAAAAUAACGAUUUAAAAUUAAUUUUAAUCAUAAUAUAUUGCAAAUUCAAUAUUAUCAUCUGAAAGUUAAAUUAUUAUUGGAACUAAAUGUGGUAAAUUAGUGCUUUAUGAAUGCAAUUCAUUUGAUCAAUUAUUCUCAUUAGAUGCUCACAAAGAUAGUAUUAAAAUAUUGGCAAAAGGUUUAAAUGAUAAAAUAUUUGUCUCAAGUGGUUAAGAUAAGGUGAUAAAGAUUUGGGAUAAAUAUUAUUCAGAAACUGAAAAUGCCUUUUAAAUUGCUUUGAAAUUUGACUUAGAAUAAUAAGUUAGUUAAGCAUUAUGCUUAAAUAUAUGUGAAGGAAUUUAAAUAUCAAAAUAGAAAACACAGAAUUUGUAAUGUUUUUCAAUUUAAUAUUAUUAGACUUUUAAUUGGAUCAGUUGAUAAUACUGUUCGUGUUUGGAAUUAUGAUAAUGGAUAGUACUUAUUUACAUAUUCAGGACAUACAGGAGAUGUAUAUUGCGUGGCUUUUGUAAAAAAGGCAAAUUUAAUUGUAUCAGGUUCUUAGGAUAAAUCUAUUAGAUUAUGGGAUGGAGUAAAUUUUAAAUAUAGCAGACCUGUUUUUAAAUUUAGUGGUCAUACUGAUAGCGUUACAGGAUUAUUAGCAAUAUCUGAAGAAAAUCAAGUUUUAUCUUGUGCAUUAGAUAAAACUUUUCGAUAAUGGGAUUGUGACAAAAAAGUUUAAGUUAGAGUAUUUACAAUUUAAUUUUUACCUUAAAGACUCAUUUAAUUUCAACCAGGAAUUGUAGUAAUUUAAUCAUCUGAUGCAAAAGUAAGAAUUUAUGACUACAGAAUUACAACUCUUUUACAUGAAAUAAAUAGUAAUUGAUUAUUAUAUGUUAUUUAGAUUAAAAAAGAAAUGUAGCUACAUAUUGUGUUGAUUAUGACAAUAAGAGUAUUUUAUGCGUAAAUGAAAAUUAUAUAAAUCUGUUUUAUUGA